CGCAAUCAUCCUAUACAUAAAUGUACCUGACCGCUUGUUGUGCAUCAACAAUUACAGCAGAUGCAGUACAACAGUAAACAGACAAAAAUGGAAUCGAUUUCUCAUCUUUCGACACUGAAGGGCCCGAUCAGAUCGCUGAAAUCUGAGACAAACUUGUGCAGAUUGUUCGAGGAGGUAGUAGUCGGCAGUGCGGAAGAACCAGCGUUGAUUUUCGAAGUUCCACGCAAUGCCGAUGGAGAUUAUAUAGUGGCAAUUUGCAUGCAGCCGAGCGAUAAAUUAAUCUCAGUACUUCUGGCAAUUUGGAAAGCUGGUGCUGCCUACUUGCCUCUAGAUAUAACCCUCCCUGAUUCGCGCAUCGAGCACAUUCUUCGGGAAUCCAAGCCGGCUUUGGUGAUCUAUGAGAAUAAGGACGAGAGCUUCGGUGCUGUAUUUGCGUUUUCUGCGAAUGAACUGUUCUGUUUAUCUCAGAAGUAUGAUUCGGAAAACCUAGAGGAUCGUUUGACUUUCGAAAAAGAUGAUUUGGCCAUCGUUCUAUACACAUCAGGAAGCACGGGAGUGCCCAAGGGCGUUCGUCUUCCACACAACGUGCUCCUUAACAGACUUCAAUGGCAGUUCAAGGCCUUCCCAUAUAGCAGAACUGAGCAAGUGGGCAUCUUCAAGACGGCCUUAACCUUCGUCGACAGCGUAUCCGAAAUAUGGGGCCCGCUCCUCAACGGUCUAUCCAUUUUGGUGGUGAAGAAAGAAAACACUAAUGAUCCUGAAAAAAUGGUCGCCUUAUUGGAAAAAUAUCAAAUCGAACGCCUGGUCUUAGUCCCAACCCUUUUAAGAUCAUUGCUCAUGUUCCUCGAGUUGAAGAAGGAUAAAAAUGCUUUGAGCAAUCUCAAGAUAUGGGUGUGUUCUGGUGAAACCCUCUCGGUAUCUUUGGCAGAAGAUUUUUUUAAGUACUUCCCCGAAAAUUCUGAGCGCAAGCUGUGCAACUUUUACGGAAGCACUGAAAUUAUGGGUGACGUUUCUUUUCACGUUAUUGGAAGCAGGAGUCAGUUGAAGCACGAGACCAAGGUGCCAAUAGGUGGGCCGGUAGACAAUACCAUCCUCUACCUGUUAGAUAGGAAUUAUAGGCCAGUAACAGCCGGGGACGUGGGUGAGCUUUUCGUAUCUGGCUAUAAUUUAGCCGCAGGUUAUGUAAACGGCAGAGACCCGGAGAAGUUUAUUGAUAAUCCAUUGGCAAUCGAUCCGAUGUUUUCGAGGUUGUUCCGCACAGGAGAUUUUGCGCGCAUCGAGAAUGGCUGUCUUCAGUAUGAAGGAAGAACUGAUUCGCAGGUGAAGAUCAGAGGCCAUCGAGUGGAUCUAUCCGAAGUGGAAAAAGCCGUCUCAUCCAUCGAGGGCGUUGAUAAAUGCGUGGCUCUAUGCUACAAACCUGGUGAGAUGAAGCAAGCUUUAUUAGCUUUCGUCACCACGGAGGCUUCGAUGAGCGAGAACCAAAUCGAAUCCAUGCUGAAAGAAGUUUUAAUAAGUUACAUGGUACCGCAAGUAAUCCAAUUGGAAUCAAUUCCGCUCUUGGUCAGCGGAAAAAUUGACAAACAAUCCUUGUUAAAAGGCUAUGAAAAUACCAAUAAGGAUGAUGACUCCCACUUCGAGGCUGAAAUUGAUUACUCAGGAGUAACGAGGGAUAAAAUGCCGGCUGCUAAAGUACUCUUCGAAACCGUAGCUUCUGUGUUAGGUCGUUCCGCGCGGUCCACCAUCAGCAUUAACGUCAACUUCUACGAAAUCGGAGGCAACUCUUUAAACUCGAUCUUCACAAUUACUUGCCUUAACGAAGCUUCCUAUUACAUCAGCAUUAGUGAUUUUAUUGCCGCUAUGGACUUAGGCGAGGUCCUGGACAGGAUGCACCAAUCCAAAGAUAACACACUAACGAAAACAGAGCCUCCAAUCUUUAGGAUGGAAUUUUUGCAUGAUGGGAUGAAAGACGAUGUCUUGAACAUAGUUUCCACCAGUUUUUACCAAAAGGGCGAUCUCGAGCAGUGGCUCAAGCCAAACAUAUACGAAUCCGAAUACUCAAAAUUAAUAGGCAAGGUCUGGGCGCAGCUGGUCGAAAAGAAUCUCAGUUUCGCGGCUAUUUCCACUGUGACGGGAAAAGUUGUCGGCGUCUCUUUGAACUUUGAUGCGCACGAUGAACCGGAGUGGGAAAAAACCUCCAAGCUGGUUUUAAUUUUCGAAUUGUUUAAAACCAUCGAAGGUUCCGUCAGGAAUAACAAAUUGCUGACCGGAAAGGGAAAUGUCUUACAUUCGUUUUUGAUGACUACCAGUUUGUCCCUUUCGUCCAAAGAAAACGUUGCCGUGAUGACAUAUAUGGAAGAUCAAGUUAAUAUUGUAGCAAAAAAUAAGAAAUUCAAUGGAAUUCUAACUACCAACACCAGUCCUUUGACUCAACAAAUGUGCCCAAGCUUAUAUGGCUAUAAAGAAAUGUACGAUUGUCAAGUCAACACAUACGUUGCUUCCGAUAACUCGAAACCGUUUGCUCUAGCACCCGAUUCGCAAAGGGCAAUCGCCCAUUGGAAGGAGUUCUGAGAUGGAUGUUAUCCCCACCGUUCCAUUCACAUAAUUCAGUAGUUCCUAAAUUACUUAAUUUUACUGUUUUAAUGUGAUGAUUAUAAAUCGAGUCAAGAAAGAACAUGUAGAAAGUGAUU